CCGGGUGGUGCGCUCCGGCAGCCAUGUUGCUUUCCGUUGGGCUGAAAGUUGAGGAAGAAGUUUAAAUCGGGGCGCGAGGGAGCGGGAGGAGCCGGCACCAAGAGGCAGCCCCGCUAAACCCAGCAAUCAUGUCCAGUAGCUGAGAGGAGGAGGGUAGCCGCGGAGAGGAACAAGUGUUUGCGUGUGAAGAAGAAUGAUUUCCAACCAGCAGAGCAGUAAUCGGCCCCGGGCCAGUAACGUCGGCUCGAUACUGCUGACCCCGCAGGAGAACGAGGGACUUUUCAGCUGCCUGGGGAGGAAAUGCCUGACAUUAUCGUCAGCCGUUGUUCAAGUAUUUGCAGCAGAGCGCAGUUCUCAUUGGACAAAAAAAUGCUGCGGAGUUGCCUGCCUUAUCAAAGACAAUCCACAAAGGUCUUACUUCAUCCGAGUAUACGAUAUAAAGGAUGGGAGACUAAUGUGGGAGCAGGAAAUGUACAACAAUUUUGUUUACAAUCAGUCUCGAUUAUACUUUCAUACUUUUAUCGGUGAUGUAAGUCAAAUUGGGCUUAAUUUUGCAAGUGAAGAAGAAGCAAGAAGAUUCAGAUUUGCAGUCAGUGACAUAAUUGGAAGACGCCAAAGGAGAACUGAAAAAAGGCGAGAUCCACCACCACUGAAUGGACCAUCUCUUCCUAUGGCUACAGUUGACAUUAAGAAUCCAGAAAUUACCAAUGUUCGAUACAAUGCACAGGUUAACAAUUUUGUAUAUGCCAAAGAUAAGAAGAAAGUAAAAGGUAAAAAGAAGAAAUUGACUAAGGCGGACAUUGGCACACCAAGUAACUUCCAGCAUAUAGGACAUGUUGGAUGGGACCCAAAUACAGGUUUUGAUCUGAAUAAUCUGGAUCCUGAAUUGAAGCAUCUGUUUGACAUGUGUGGUAUUUCUGAGUCACAGCUGAAGGACAAAGAAACAUCAAAAAUUAUAUACGAUUUUAUCGAGAAAAAGGGAGGAGUUGAAGCUGUCAAAAAUGAGUUGCGCAGACAGGCUCCACCUCCACCUCCACCUUCUAGAGGAGGGCCACCACCGCCCCCUCCUCCUCAUAGUUCAGGACCUCCUCCUCCACCUCCUGUUCGUGGGCGAGGUGCACCACCACCUCCACCCCCAUCAAGAGCCCCAUCAGCAGCUCCUUCAGCAGCUCCCCCACCACCUCCACCUACCAGGCCAGGAGUAGGAGCUCCUCCACCACCACCACCCAGCAGGUUAUAUCCUCCACCCCCACCACCUCCAGUCCCAUCAGGUCCCCCACCACCACCACCUCCACAUCCUCUUCCUGGAGGUCCAGGAGCUGCUGGACCACCCCCUCCUCCACCACCUCCACCUCCACCACCUGGCCCUCCACCACCUGGCCCCCCUCCACUCCCUGCAGUGGCCAUUGAAAAUGAUAGUGUUCCUUCACCUACUGGUAACAAAUCAGCUCUUCUGGAUCAAAUCCGAGAAGGCACUCAGUUGAAGAAAGUUGAACAAAGCAGUCGGCCAGUGUCUUCCUCAGGAAGGGAUGCACUGUUAGACCAAAUACGGCAGGGUAUACAGCUUAAGACUGUAAAUGACCAGGAUUCUUCUUCUCCAUCAACACCUACUCCUACAGCAGGAAUUGUGGGAGCAUUGAUGGAGGUGAUGCAGAAAAGGAGUAAAGCCAUUCACUCUUCAGAUGAAGAUGAGGAUGAAGAUGAGGAAGAAGACUUUGACGAUGAUGAUGAAUGGGAAGAUUAGAUUUUCUUAGCAAGACUGUAACCUACCUGUCUUUCUGAAUCUUGUAAAAUUGUCCUGUAAAUGUUCUGCAGAUUUUGCUGUAUAUUUUGUUGCCUUUGCUCUUUUUCAUAAUCUGUGCAAUACCUCAUUUAAUAAUUCAUUUGACAAAGCAUUGUGGGUAAAGAUAUUCCCUAUGCAACAUUUGAGUUGGGACAUAUAAGAAACUACAUAUGAAUGUGUUCAUUCCAACAACAAAAGUGAUUGAGUAGGAGCAAAGUUGACAUGAACUUUAAUUAUGCUUGUUCAAAGCCAGAAUAGCAACACUAUUUUUUCAAAACCAUGCAAUUUCUGUACCUAAGAAGAAGCAACUCUUAUUAAUGCUUCGCAUAGCACUAUUAACUUUUUUAAAUAUGGCUCUUCUAUUCGGUUUCUUCAGUACUUCAUGUUGCUGAAGCUGAUUAGAAUUUUGAAGUAAUAUGUCACAUGAAUGCACAGCUUACAGACAACUCAUUUGUGUCUUACUGUUCAGCAAUACUGUCUUGGAGUGAUUCAAUGCAAAGAUGCACAGCAACUUAUGUGAGUGUUUUAUACUGUAUGCAGCAAUACUGUCGAUCAUGACUAUUUUCAGUUGAAAUCCCCUUACUUAUGUCUGUUACUUUAUUAAAUAUUUAUACUCCUGGCUUAUUCCAUGUCUGUUGGAAAUUAGGUCAAGUCUUUUCAAAUAGGAAUCUUGUGAAAACUCUAAACACAAUCGGGGGACAAAUAUUUUUUUAACCCUUAAAGUGCUGAGUAACAGCAUUUCUAAUCAUUCAUAGUGCAUAUUUAGCAGUGUAAGGGUUGUGGAAAGUAGCCUAAUGUUCAGUUUUUAUGGAGGUGAAGGCUGUGAUUAGGAAUUUGCAUUUAAUGUAUUCAUAAAGGGCUGUGCUUAAUGCUUGUUAAACUGCAAUUUGGGGAAUAUUUGGAAGUAAACUCGUAAUAAUGAAUGUUGACAUCAGUAUCUUUACAUUAUAGUCCUUUUGAUGACCUUGCAUCCAAAUCAAAGAGCAAACUCAAUACAGAUUUGCAAUUAUGGAAUGGAACUUUUAACUGAAAAAUGUCUAAAAUAAAUGUUUAAAAAUCA